AUGGCCCAGUUCCCUUUUUUCUACCGGGUGGUCCCCAAAGAAGAAGCCCAGUACCCCGGGAUUGUCCAGCUGCUUCAGCACUUCAGGUGGACAUUCAUUGCUGUCAUUGCUCCAGACACCGACAACGGGGAGAGGUUCAUGAAGGCUCUGAUGCCUGUUCUCAUUGGGAGUGGCAUUUCUACGGACGGCGUGUACUUGGAUCAGAACAGGGAGCUGGCAGCCGACUUGGACGUUGUGAACUGGGUGAUGUUUCCCAAUAAGUCCAUCCUUAGAGUGAAGUUUGGGAUCAUUGCCAGACAGGGAUCCCCAGACCUACAGUUCACCAUCGACCAGGAUGCCAUUGUGUGGCCCAAAUUGCUCAACCAGACCCUGCCUCCUUCCAGGUGUGUGGAAAGCUGCCGCCCUGGAUCCUUCAAGGUGGUUCAGGAAGGAAAGCCACUUUGCUGCUAUGACUGCAUUUCCUGUGCGGAAGGAACCAUCUCCCCUCAAGAAGAUGCCGAGCAUUGUAUCAGGUGUCCAGAAGAUCAACAUCCAAACAAGGAUCGAGAUGGAUGUAUCCCCAAGAUUAUCACCUUCCUGGGUUAUGAAGGACAUUUGGGGAUCUUCCUGGCUUCCUUUGCCCUUUUCUUGUCUUUAACUACAGGCUUUGUGUUAGGAAUCUUCAUUCAAUUCCUAGAAACUCCGAUAGUCAAAGCCAACAACCGGGACCUCUCAUUCAUCCUCCUCAUCUCCCUCUUACUUUCCUUUUUGUCCUCCUUCCUCUUCAUUGGCCGGCCACGGAAAGCAACCUGCUUUCUCCAACAAACAGCCUUCAGCAUCAUCUUCUCAGUUGCCAUCUCUUGUGUCUUGGCAAAAACCAUCACUGUGGUACUGGCCUUCUUAGCCACAAAGCCAGGGAACAGGAUGAGGAGAUGGCUGGGGAAAAGUCUGGCCAACUCCAUUGUCAUUUCCUGUUCCAGUGUCCAAAUUGUCAUCUGUGCCACCUGGCUGGGGAUGUCUCCCCCAUUUCCAGAGUCCGACAAGCACUCCCAGCCUGGAGAGAUCAUCCUGCAGUGCAAUGAAGGGUCUGUUGCCAUGUUCUAUACUGGCCUGGGCUACAUGGGCUUCCUGGCUGCCAUCUGCUUCACGGUGGCUUUCCUUGCCAGGAAGCUUCCUGGGGCCUUCAAUGAAGCCAAGCUGAUCACUUUCAGCAUGCUGGUCUUCUGCAGUGUCUGGUUCUCCUUUGUGCCCACCUACCUGAGCACGAAGGGGAAAUACAUGGUAGCUGUGCAGGUCUUCUCUAUCUUGGCCUCCAGUGCUGGGCUUCUGGGCUGCAUCUUCAUGCCCAAGUGCUACAUUAUUAUGCUGAGGCCUGAUCUAAACACAAAGGCAUUUCUAACAACAAAAACAAAGGCAGAAAUCUGA